AGGUGAGAUUAACUGCAACUCAGGUGAACCGCAGCGAGGAGGGUCGAGCGCACCAGACACCUAGCCUACUGCAACUCAAAGUUGGACAAUUUAGACAUGUACUCGAACAAGACCGAGGGGCCACGCAGAGGAAGGUCUUUUGAUUCAAUGAACACUUGUUAUGAAGAGAAGCAACUGAAUAAUGAGAUGAACAAAUGUACAUUCAAUACAAUUGAGGAAAACAAGGACAACAAGACAUUUGGAAGAGGCCGGGCAGCCAUCGUCUUCUCCCUCAAGAAUGAAGUUGGUGGGCUCGUGAAGGCAUUGAGACUUUUUCAAGAAAAGCAUGUGAACCUGGUUCACAUUGAAUCCCGGAAAUCGAAGCGGCGCAAUUCGGACUUUGAAAUCUUUGUCGAUUGUGACAGUGGCCAUGAGCAGCUGAAGGAUCUCACCCAGCUCCUAAAGAAGCACACCAACAUUGUGGAGGUGGACCCCCCAGACUGCAUACCAGAGGAUGAUAUGGCUGAUGUCCCCUGGUUCCCCAAGAAGAUCUCUGAUCUGGAUCUGUGUUCUAACCGGGUGUUGAUGUAUGGCUCGGACCUGGAUGCUGACCACCCGGGUUUCAAAGAUAAUGUUUAUCGCAAGAGGAGAAAACACUUUGCCGAUCUUGCCAUGAGCUACAAACAUGGGGAUCCCAUUCCCCGUACAGAGUUUACUCAGGAGGAGGUGAAGACUUGGGGAGUUGUGUACAGAGAGCUCAACAAGCUGUACCCCAGCCAUGCCUGUCGGGAGUACCUGAGGAACCUGCCCCUUCUCUCCCAGCACUGUGGCUGCAGGGAGGACAACAUCCCUCAGCUGGAAGACGUGUCACGCUUCCUCCGGGAGCGCUCAGGCUUCACCAUUCGACCAGUGGCAGGAUACCUGUCCCCAAGGGACUUCCUGGCUGGCCUAGCCUUCCGAGUGUUCCACUGUACCCAGUAUGUCCGCCACAGCUCUGACCCCCUCUACACCCCAGAGCCAGACACGUGUCAUGAGUUGCUGGGCCAUGUUCCUCUGCUGGCCGAGCCGAGCUUUGCUCAGUUCUCCCAGGAGAUUGGUCUGGCCUCGCUGGGGGCUGCGGACGAUGCCGUUCAGAAGCUUGCCACGUGCUACUUCUUCACGGUGGAGUUUGGCCUGUGCAAGCAGGAGGGCAAGCUGCGAGCCUACGGAGCAGGCUUGCUGUCUUCCAUCAGUGAGCUCAAGCAUGCACUCUCAGGGAAUGCCAUGGUCAUGCCCUUUGACCCCAAGGUCACAUGUGACCAGGAGUGCAUCAUCACCACGUUCCAGGAUGUGUAUUUUGUGUCCGAAAGCUUUGAGGAAGCCAAGGUCAAGAUGAGGGAGUUUGCGAAGACCAUCAAGCGUCCGUUCUCUGUGCGCUACAACCCGUACACCCAGAGCGUGGAGGUGCUGAGGGACGCCAGCAGCAUCAACAACAUGGUGGAGGAUCUCCGGCACGAGCUGGACAUCGUAGGAGACGCCCUCAACCGUCUCAACAAGCAGCUGGGAGUCUGAGCCCCACCUGUCCACCACCCUCACUAGCUCCUCCACAGCUGCACCUCACCUCUUUUCAUCCUCCACCUCUCCAAAAACAAGUGAAUCCAUUCAGAGGUAGAAUUUAUUUCAAAAUGGUAUAUGUCAUUGUUAGCUGAUUCUUAUAGUUUCUGACUCUUAUAUGGUAAGGCUUCAUAUAAACAUACUCAAAAGCUUACGUAGUGUGACAUCACGUUAUACUUUACCUGAUGGGACAUCAUGUAUGUCUGGUCAUAUAUGUGUUGAUACAAAUGGCCACUGAAAUACAGAACUUAUACGACGCAAGAUGCAUGAAAGUCACCACAUAUAUACACUACAGUUUUAGAUUCAUCUAUAUAUUUUCAUAUUAGCAACAAAUAACACAGACCUUUCGAAAAAUUUCAGGAAGUUAUUCAAUUGUCUGUGUGUUAUCAUAUGUCAUGUUAUUAGGCUAGAAUGUCACCCUCAUUAAUCUUUCUUUAGACAUUGGUUGUCUUAAUUUAUAUUCAUUCUCUUGGUUGGACAUUUUGAUA